ACAUAAACAAGAAGCCAAGCAUCUUUGUUUCUUCGAAACAUUCUGGGCAAUGCAUUUGCAGGCCAUAUGCAGACAAGCUUUCCCUAAACAAAUAAUUAAGAUCCAAUGCCGUCCAAAAGGGAACAUGCAAACAGAUCCAUAUCUACAUAAUAAAUAAAAAAAUAGCAUCCUUAAGAAAAUUAGUAGCACUCCACGUGGCAUUGAUUAGAGUUGUGAUCACCAAGGUACAUAUCUAUAUAGCAGAAUGUCUACAAUAUAUAGCAGAAAGAAUUUCAAUCCUCAGUGUGAGAAUGGAGACUGAGGUACUCAGCAGAAAGGACCUGGGUGGUUCUCUCCCAGUUGAGAAUGUUCAAGCUCUUGCUGCCAACAACUUGAAGGAAAUCCCGCCCCGAUACAUCCGGCCUGAAAUUGAACAUGAGGAAGUUUCCAUGGAGGACUCGCUUCAAAUUCCGGUAGUUGAUAUGAGCAAGCUAAUAGGGGAUCCAUUAGGCCAUGGUGAUGAAUUGGCAAAGCUUCACUUGGCUUGUAAGGACUGGGGUUUCUUUCAGUUGAUCAAUCAUGGGGUAUCAGAAGAAGUGAUUGAGAAAAUGAAGAGUGACACAGAGGAGUUCUUCCAGCUGCCAUUAGAAGAAAAGAAGGCUUAUGCUCAGCUGCCGAAUCAUAUUGAAGGCUAUGGCCAAGCCUUCGUUGUUUCUGAAGAGCAAAAACUUGACUGGGGGGACAUGCUCUUCCUACUCUCUCAACCAGUCUCCCUAAGAAAUCUUACAUUCUGGCCUACCCUUCCCACUUCUUUCAGGGAGACCCUGGAUAAGUACUCAGUGGUACUACAACAAGUGACAAAGUACCUAUGGAAGUUAAUAUGUGAGAACCUGGGGCUCAAUUCAGAGAAGCUAGCAAGCUUGUUUGAGGAUGGAACUCAAGGUCUAAGAAUGAAUUAUUAUCCACCUUGUCCGCAGGCUAGCAGGGUUAUGGGUCUCACUCCACACUCCGAUGCUGUGGGUUUGACUCUACUAAUUCAAGUUAAUGAUGUUCAAGGGUUACAAAUCAAGAACAAUGGCAGAUGGGUACCUAUAAAGCCAGUACCCGGUGCAUUAAUCGUCAACAUUGGCGACAUCAUUGAGAUAUUGAGUAAUGGAGAAUAUAAGAGCAUUGAGCACAGGGCUGUGGUGAACACAGAAAGGGAACGGCUUUCAAUUGCAGGAUUUCACAGCCCAAAUAUGAUGACAAUGAUUGGUCCGAUGCCCGAUCUUGUCAAGAAGGCAGCAAACUACAAGGCUAUAAGCAAUGAGGAGUACAUUAGACUUGUUGUAACCAGCAAACUUGAUGGUAAAAACCUACUCGACCAUAUGAAAUUGAAGCAGUGACAAACAUUAUUGAGCUCAAAAAUUUAAACAAUGACAUUCAUCUGCUUAUUUGUUUGUCCGACUCUCAUUAUUGAGCUCAAAAAUUUAAACAAGGACAAGAACUAAUAAUUUGGAAGAAGGUGAUGAUACCAAAUUGGAUUUUGUACACCUUUCAUAUAAAAUUAGAGGAAUGCUAGCUACCUUCCCCUCUUAUCUUACUCAAUCUAGCUUUCCCAUUCUCGUGCUGUGUAUUACUUAAGCACUUAACACUAAAGUCUCCAACUCUUUCAAAACAUAAAUUUCACUCACCCUUACUUACCCUUAUAUGAGAGUUAGCUAAAGCAUUCAUUAAGGGUAAGCAUGUCAGAAAUAAUAUGUUUUGAAAAAAAUUAAAGGUUUAGUUUAAGUAUUUGCAUGAUACACAAGACUGCAGGAGAAUGAGAAAGGUAAGAAGAAUAAGAUAGCAAGGGAAG